AUGGCUGGUGCCAGUGCAGCAACUAGACGGUUGAAAAAGGCUGCGCGGAUCAUCCUCGUUGGAGCGCCAGGUGUUGGGAAAGGCACCCAGACGGAGAGACUGAUCAAGAGGUAUCCACAGCUUGCAUCGAUCAGCUCAGGGGAUUUGUUACGGGAGAACAUUCGCAAUAAGACAGAGAUUGGACUCAAGGUUCAGUCAGCUCUGCUUGCAGGUCAACUGGUUCCAGAUGCCACCAUCCUAGAAUUGAUAUCCUCUGAACUUACCUCUAAAGGAUGGCUUGUGCCAUCGCCCAACGUUUCAUCCACAUCCGCUCUAUCGUCGAAGAAAUCACUCAACUCGUCGGCCUCAUUCAUACUCGAUGGGUUCCCCCGAACGGCCGUCCAAGCCAACAGCCUCGAGUCCCUCGUUCCCAUAAAUCUUGUUGUUCAUCUCCAUACCCCCCCAUCCAUCAUACUAUCGAGAAUAUCUUCUCGAUGGGUGCACCCUGGAUCUGGCAGGGUAUACAACACCGACUUCAAUGCACCAAAGGUUCCCGGAAAGGAUGAUAUAACAGGAGAACCGCUUGUUCAGCGGGACGACGACUCUACCGAAGUCUGGAAGGAGAGAUUCCAGAAGUUUGAAGAGACCAGCAAACCACUGCUGGACCAUUACGAAACAAAAGGAUGCGUUUUGCGCAUAGAGGGCAAUUCGAGUGAUGACAUCAGCCCGAAGUUAUUUGCUGAAAUCGAUAAACGAUUCUGUUGA